CUUGGCGGUCCAGGCUACCUUUUUCACACCACUUCACAGCCCUUGGUUUGUCGUUUCAGUUUCCCUUUGACUAUCUCAUCUCCUCCUUCUUCUUUAUUCAACACACCAAAACCACAUCUCCCACCCUUUUCUCGCCGGAUUUGACCCUCCGAUAGCCUUAUUCCGAUGGAUUCGGAGCAGUACCUGCAACUGUUCGUGGAAGAGAGCAACUUUUACAAUCACAUUGUACUCGGAACCUUACUCCCUGCCAGAGUUUGGGAGCCUCUUCCCCACUUCUUCCAGUCUUGGCUUCGUAACUAUAUAGGAGGCGUGCUUCUCUACCUUCUUUCCGGAUUCCUCUGGUGCUUCUACAUUUACUACUUGAAGCGCAAUGUUUACCUUCCCAGAGAUGCCAUUCCCUCGAACAAGGCCAUGCUCUUGCAAAUAUAUGUGGCCAUGAAGGCCAUGCCAUGGUAUUGUGCUCUUCCAUCCAUUUCAGAGUACAUGAUUGAAAAUGGCUGGACUAGGUGUUUCUCGAGAAUAAAUGACAUCGGUUGGCUUGGAUACUUCAUUUAUUUAGCAGCUUAUCUUGUAAUUGUGGAGUUUGGAAUUUAUUGGAUGCACAGAGAAUUGCACGACAUAAAACCCCUCUACAAAUAUCUUCAUGCUACCCAUCACAUAUACAACAAGCAGAAUACUCUGUCUCCAUUUGCUGGUUUGGCUUUCCACCCAUUGGAUGGGAUACUACAGGCUGUACCACAUGUGAUAGCACUUUUUAUAGUACCAGUACAGUUGACUACGCACUUAGGUUUGUUGUUUAUUGAGGCUAUAUGGACAGCAAACAUUCACGACUGCAUCCAUGGGAAGUUGUGGCCUAUUAUGGGUGCUGGCUUCCACACCAUUCACCACACAACGUAUCGACAUAACUACGGCCACUAUACCGUGUGGAUGGAUUGGAUGUUCGGAACGCUUCGUGACCCUCUCGAUGAUGGAUCCAAGAAGGAAAUCUGAUUCACUUGCCUUGCUCAUCCUUCCCAUUUUCAGCCAUUUUAAAAAUUUUGGUUGGACUGUUUUUAAUGCAUGUAGCAUUUGUGUAAAUUAUGUUUGUGAAUUGCUAAAACAAAAAAAACAAAAACAAAAAAACAAAAACAGAGAAGGGAUUUUUAGGUGGAUAUUUUUCAGUUUAUAUUUGUGCAGUAGUUUGACAAUAAAAUUUGAGUUUUUAGCGGCUAAACUUUCUCAA